UUUGAGCAGCUAUCCAACCACUGUUCACUACUUCCACUUUCUCUCUUCUCUUCUUCUUCUCUUCUUCUUCUCUCCUUCCCAUUUGUCACAACACACUCUCACUGGCAUUCACAAAUUGAGUACAAAGUUUCUAACUUUCUUGUGCUCUGUGGUAUAUUUCUCUAAGAUAUACAGUUCCAAUAAGUUGAACUGGAUAUAAGGGGCGACCAAUAUGCGGUGGCUGAGUUUGUCAAUUGAUGUGUUUCGAUAUGUUAUCUCCUUGAAUUUAUACUGCAGGGUUAUUCUAUAAGUUCUUGAUCAUCUGUCGAGACGCAUCGUUGUUUAUGCUAUCCUCCUUUAAUUAGCUAUCCAUGGGAUCCAAUCACUUGCCUUUCUUUGCUUGCUUUUUCUAUAUUCUAUAGAAUUAUCCAAGUGAUAGAAGCCUUGAAAAAAGUAUUCUUGCCCGUCUAGUCUUCAUCAGCAAUUUCGGUUUUAGAUUAUCAAAGUUUAUCAUCGUCUUGUGUUCAUUACCUUUUGAUUCUUGUUUGAGUUGGGUUCGUGAGUUUGUUGUUCAAGUAGAAUUUCUAGACAUCUUCAACUUUGUUUUCAGCUAGAUCGUCGUCUUUCCUCUAUUUAGCCACCCCCUUUGCAUCCAAUAUUCAAGUUUUCUAGUUGAAGUACAUUAAAGAGUCAAACGUAGUUAUGGUGUGCCAAGCAGCGAGCCAGACGAGAUUCAGGGCACUUAAACAUGAGCAUGGGAUUGCUGGAAGAACAACCAUUAUUGUUAGAGUUAUAGCAUGCUUUCAACCUCUGCAAAAUUGCCAGGCUGAGUAUUUCCGUCACUUGCUGAAACCCGUUACGUAGAUUGGUUCUAAGUUUCCGUCUGUCGCAUCAAGCUAGCAAUAUAUUGUUUCUUUUCUUCUUUUGUUUAGCAUAUCCAAAAGUAAUUUAUUUGCUGGUCUAAGUACGACCGUUAUUCUGGUUGCUCUUUUGGCUGGAUGGUUACAGCCAAAGAGUCUCAGACGUGUCAGCAGUUCUCUGCUUGGAAAUCAUCCUAUUUGGAUCACAUGGCACUUCUACAACUGGAGCAGACCGGUAGUUUGCCAUGCUUUCCUCCUUCUACUCUGACUGCAAAUGUUGCUUUUCCAGGGCAGCCCCCUCCUGAUUCGCGUGGUUUGAACAUCAACCAGCAAGAUGCAGUUGGCGGGUUUUUAAAUCUGCGGCCUCCUUAUGGCAAUAUCCGGUUUCCAACUGGAAACCAAUAUAUGAAAGAUUUACCAUGUGCCUUGCCACGCAGGCCUGGAGCCACGGACAAGCCGGUUAAUGCUUUGUGGGCUCCUCAGAAAAAAUUUCUCAUUUUCGAUCAGUCCGGGAGCCACACGAGAUUGUUCUUUAGCCCUUCCUUUGCUCCCCAGGAUCAGAAUUUGACCUCCAAGAUUCCUGCUAGUGUUAAUGGUCAGUGUGAAGAAGUGGCAUCUCGAUUAGAAGAGCAAUUCUUGAUGAAGCCCAUAGUUGAAGAGAAAUGGGACGAAAAUUAUUUGAUGGAUGGAGAAGAUGAGAUGCUUGAAGAUACUGAGGAAAUCAAUGCUUUGCUCUAUUCUGAUAGUGAUGACGAGUAUGAUGACAAUGAUGAUGAUGACGGUGAGAAUGAUGAGGUAACUAGCACGGGGCACUCUCCAUUUAGCAUUGAAGAGGAUUACAAAGAUAAAUCACUUGAGGAACUUAAAGAAGAAGUGGCGAGCUCUGAUGAGUCACCAAAAAGGCGAAGAUUGCUUGAUGGCAAGUACAAGAAAUCAUCAUUGGCGAGUGCCGAGAGGCGGUCGAAGAGAACUAUUCCAUGCAAUUACGAGGAUGAUGUGGAGUCAAGUUGUGCCGGCGAGAGAAACUCCCAUGAUGAUGAUAUCGGCUUGUGUAAGAGAGAAAAGAAGGUUAAAAUCCGCCAGGCAUUGAAAAUCUUGGAGAGUAUCAUCCCCGGAUUAACCAGCAAUGAUCCUCUCUCCAUAAUCGACAAAGCAAUCACCUACUUGAAAUCAAUGAAAACCGAAGCUGAAGCACUCGGACUUAGCUACCCCAAGUCCGAACCCUCUGCUCUCCCCUAACCGUACGCGUUCGUUCGGCCCGUUGGUCGGUCCAGCGGAAAGGACUGAUUACACCAAUGGGCAGCAGCAUUAAGUGUGUGUUUUGAAUAAAAUUAUUGAUGGAUUUGAAAGUAGUAAACUAAAGGUGGGGGGUGUUCCCCUUUUGCUCUCUGCUUUUGUCACUCUAAUAGUGCACUAGUAUUUAGUGUGGGCCAAUAAAGGAGCAGCAGCUGCAGCAGCUUAAUGGGAUUGAUAGCUUUGCUCUUUACUCUCUCGCUCUCUCAGGUGGUGAAUGAACACUGAGGCUGCUAUAAUUGUUUGACUUGAAAUGAUGAUUUUUAAGCUUUUGGGAGAGUGUUUAAAGUAAGUAUUGGCAGGAUUUGAAAGCAUGGGGAAUGGAUAGUGGUGUGCUUUGCUGUAAAUGAGGGCUGGCUGGCUCCCUUUUGUCGAAAAACUCCCCAUGGAAUGCUGAGCAUGCGCGUUUGGUGUUCAUGGUCCCACUCUCCAUUCUCAUUUGGUUUCUUGAUCUUCUGCUUUUCUUCAAAAUCUUGCCUUUAGUCUUCCAAUCACUUAGUGAGGGUGUUGAUGUAGGCCCCCCCACCCCCUCCCUCUAGGCUACCCCCAAGAUUCAUCAUCAUGAUCAUCAGUGAAGGUGGUGGUGUUGGUGUGGGGCCACAGAUUGAUCAUUGAUGAUGGAUGUGGUGAAGAGAAUCCAUGAUCAAAUCUUCUUGUUUGUUUCCAGUUGGGAGUAUUCUUUCUUGGUAGUAAAAAUUUGUGUCUGUCUCUGUGGAUUUUGGUUGUAAUAAAUGCAUUGUCUACUGUUGGAGUU